CGCCGCAGGCGGGCCUCUCAAAUCUCCCUCUACCGUAGUCUCCAGCUUCCCGCCGCCGCCUCCUCCAAACGGUAACAACAAUGGCUAUCAAGGGAAGACUAUGGCCGGAAUGGCAGUAGCCGGAUUUGCAAUCAUAGCCGUAGUUGCCGUCUUGUUCUUUGUCAGAAGAAAGAAAAAGAGAAACGUUGAUGCUUACAGUGAUUCACAAUACUUGCCUCCUUCAAACUUCUCCAUCAAUACAGAUGGUGGUUUAUUACACGGACAGAACACAACAAAGGGAUACUCUGUUCCUGGUGGUUAUUACAAUACACAACAACAACACUCCGACAACACAAGAACCAGCUUCGGUAGCCAAAGAGGUAGCCAAAGAGGGAGCCAGAGAGGUUACGCACCUGAUUCAGCCGUGAUGGGAAGUGGUCAGACGCAUUUCACUUACGAAGAGCUGAUGGACAUAACCGAAGGAUUCGCUCAGCGGAACAUACUCGGUGAAGGUGGGUUUGGUUGCGUCUACAAAGGUAAACUGCACGACGGGAAACUAGUUGCCGUGAAGCAGCUUAAGGUUGGAAGUGGACAGGGUGACCGUGAGUUCAAAGCAGAGGUUGAGAUCAUCAGCCGUGUUCACCAUCGUCAUUUGGUUUCUCUGGUUGGUUACUGCAUUUCGGAUGUUGAGAGGUUGCUUAUCUAUGAGUAUGUUCCUAACCAGACCUUGGAGCAUCAUUUGCAUGGGAAGGGAAGGCCAGUUCUAGAAUGGGCUAAGAGAGUCCGAAUUGCUAUAGGUUCUGCCAAAGGAUUGGCCUAUUUGCAUGAAGACUGUCACCCAAAAAUCAUUCACAGGGACAUUAAGUCUGCAAACAUCCUGCUGGAUGAUGACUUUGAAGCUCAGGUUGCUGACUUUGGACUUGCCAAACUCAAUGAUUCAACACAAACCCAUGUAUCAACUCGCGUCAUGGGAACAUUUGGGUACUUGGCACCAGAAUACGCACAAAGUGGGAAACUGACAGAUAGAUCAGAUGUUUUCUCAUUUGGGGUUGUUCUCUUAGAGCUUGUAACUGGACGCAAACCAGUCGACCAGUACCAGCCUCUAGGAGAAGAGAGUUUGGUCGAAUGGGCUCGUCCACUGCUUCACCAAGCCAUUGAGACUGGCGAUUUCAGCGAUUUGGUUGAUAGACGGCUCCAAAACCAUUACGUUGAGAAUGAAGUUUUUAGAAUGAUUGAAACGGCUGCUGCAUGUAUAAGGCAUUCCGGUCCUAAACGUCCACGCAUGGCUCAGGUUGUGAGAGCACUGGACAGUGAAGGAGACAUGGGAGACAUCAGCAACGGAAGCAAAGUGGGACAAACCAGUUCUAAUGACUCUGGUCAGUAUAACUCAGACACCAUGAAGUUCAGGAAAAUGGCGUUUGGUUUUGAUGACAGCUCAGAUUCAGGAGACUACUCUGUCCAAAGCUCCGGGAGAGGAUCCUGUGGAGCUUCUACUGAGUUCACAAGGAACGAAUCAGCGAACCAAAACUUCAAUAACAGGCGGUUCUGAUUCAAACAUAGGUGAAGUUAUUAUAACUCUUCACUCAUGCUUGAGCUCUAUGUACACAUCACUAAUGCUCUUUGUAUUUUUGUGUGUGAGGUACAUUUUCUUGCUUAGCUUCCUUUUGGGCUUGCUACAUAAUGGCCAUUUGCCUAAAAAAACUUAUUAUAGAUUAGAACAAGAAAAAGCAAAAAAUAAAAAAUAAAGAAAGAAAAAGAACU